AGUUCAAGGUUGUUUAGUGCUUGAUUCGUAUUAAAUGCGUGCUCUAACGAACUUACGCUUGCAGUCCCAGGAGGAUAAGAUUUUGCAGUAUUGCCUGGAUUUGGGGUUGCUUAGGAAAGAGAGGAUUUAUUCAUGUGGUGCUGUUAUGAGUUUAAAAAGCUAUAUCAGUUUGAUUGGUGGAUAUGUCCAUCGUUGUGCAAUUUGUUUGAGACGAGUUAGUAUUAGAGAAGGUAGGCUUAUAAUUCGAAUAUUUCGCAGGGACAUUUUUUGCCUAAACCGGAUUUUGUAUAUUUGUAACUUUUGGGUUUUAAAACAGCCAGUGAGAGGCGCAUUCACUGAAAUUAAAAAAGCCUCGUGUCAACAAUUCAGUGCUACCAGCACUGCAGAGAUUAUCGCAUCAUGGAAAAUGGAGAAAAGGACUUCGUCGUUAGGCGAAGAAGGCAUCGUGAGCGAGUCAACAAUGUUUGGAUGAUUGAUUUAUAUUACACCUUCCGACGGAAAGGAUUCGAGCAGAGAAUACGAGACAGAGAGUCAACUACUUUGAUGCCUAUUAUUACUAGACUUGUGAAACAGGGAUCCAUAAUACAUAUUGAUGAAUGGAAAGGCUAAAACUCGCUGUCGUCUCUUGGAUAUAUUCAUCACAGAGUGAACCAUUCGAGUGAUUUUGUGGAUCCCAUUACAGGGAAACACAAAUUCAC